UUCUCUAUCUUCCCCCCUCUCUCUCUCUUACAAAUGUCUCAAGUCUUCUCAAAAUCUCCCAAACAUUGUGCCCAGAAAGGACUAACCAUUGACAAGUCCUACAAGAAAUUAUUUAUUGCCUUCUCAGCAUUUUCCACCACAGUUUUAGCCUUCAUCUUCCUCAUCUGGCUUAUACUUCACCCUGCAAAGCCUCAGUUCUCCCUCAGGGAAGCUCACAUCUACCAACUCAAUCUCUCAAGCCCUCACCUUCUCAACUCUUUCAUCCAACUCACCUUGCUCUCAAGAAACCCGAAUAUAAAAGUCAGCAUUUACUACGACGAGUUGCAAGCUUAUGCUGCAUAUAAAGGCCAACAUAUAACUGUUGAUACCUCCCUUCCACCUUUCUACCAAGGACAUGAAGAAAGCAACCUGUUCACAACAUCUUUGCAGGGAACAGGGCUGCCUGUGGCUCCAUCGUUUGGUUACGAAGUCGGACGGGACCGGACCAUCGGGAAAAUGGUCCUGAACCUGAAGAUAAACGGGAAGCUCAGGUGGAAGGUUGGGACUUGGGUUUCUGGCCGAUAUCGCUUCAACGUUAACUGUGUUUCAGUUGUGGCCUUUGGACCUAAUGCCCCAACAGUGCCACUGAGCUCAAAUCAAGCAACUCAGUCAACACUCUUAUUUGCUCUACUUUUGGGUGUUGCCUUGGAUGCAAAGGUUCUUUCUUCCGGAAUCAGAUACUCCGAUUUGCCGGAAAGUUACGUGAGACCCGAAUCCGAUUGUCCCCGAUUAUCCGAAGUAUCGGAAUGCGAAAACGUCCUGGUGAUCGACCUGGGGUGUCCGGACAGGAGCCAUGUCGUACAGCAAAUUUCUCAUGCCUGCAUCAACUGUCUUUUUUCAGGUUAUUAACCAUGGAGUUUCGAAAGAGGCGGUGGAGAGGAUGUUAGAAGUGGCGCACGGCUUCUUCCAGCUGCCGGUGGAGGAGAAGAUGAAGCUUUACUCCGAUGACCCUUGGAAAACCACGAGACUUUCCACAAGUUUUAAUGUGAAAAAAGAGACUGUUCAUAACUGGAGAGACUACCUACGCUUACACUGUCAUCCUCUCCACAAGUAUGUUCCUGAGUGGCCUUCCAAUCCUCCUUCCUUCAAGUACAGUCUUUUCUCUCUCUC